CAUAAUACAUGUGUGUACACCAUAAAAAGACUACAAAAGGCGGCUACAUGUUAGCUUUAUGACACAGGAACACCAGAAUUUACUCACUAUUGUUCAACAAAAGCUGUUAAUAUCUGUCUCAGUAAAUGCUGUCAUUGUUCAACCCUUAGCAAACUAAAUUAUGUGUCUUCAAUUUGUCUACUCCAACUGUACACAAAGGUGUGUUUGGUUGUUGACAGAUACUCAAAAGUCUUGUUCGCCGAAAACCACGCCAGAGUGGGAGCUCUUGCUCAUUACAGGAUCUCGUGACGAUCUGAGUGUGACGUUUCCCGCUGUGACCGGCUGUCUGUGCUGUGACCGGCUGUCUGUGCACUGCCGCUGCUGCCGCUGUCGGUGGUGAAUGGUGGAUGCUUGGCUGGUGGAUGGAGCAGUUAACCGCACGCUAUCUGUGACCUCACCUCGGCUGAGAGGACCGUGAAUGAAGCCCCGCUCCCCCAUGAAGCAGCAGCUCCUGCGGCCGCGAUGGCAGCGACACAUACGGUCUGAGUCGUUAGCCGUUAGCCAUGUAGUUUAAAUCCCCCCUUCUCUCUUUGUAUGUGUGUAGUCAAUGUUGCUGUGAUUCGCGCUUAGCCAUCCCCACCAGUAGCUAGCUGUUAUUAUUUCAAUACACCUCCUCCACCCUGUGCCCGGGACAGACGGCGGCAGCUAGACCCCCUCUCUCGAUUAUACAGGAGGAUGCUGAGGCUGUUCGUAGCGCUGGUUGUCCUCGGACUGGCCCUGGCGUGCAUCACCUCCUGGGUGCUGGACGGCUAUGACACGGCUUGGCACCCGAAACGGAGCCUACAGCACCGGACCGGUGAUGGGGUCGGAUCCAGGGGGAGUUCUCCUCCGUUCCCGGGCGGAGAGAUGAACAACAUAUUCUGGUUCAUACAGGUCUCUGACAUCCACAUCAGUCGAUUCCAUGAUCCCAGACGAAUUCCUGAUUUUGAAAAGUUCUGCACCGACACCAUUGAGGUGAUCAAACCAACUCUAGUUCUGGCAACAGGAGACCUGACUGAUGCUAAAACAGAGAGUAAAGUGGGAUCCCUGCAGCACGAGGUGGAGUGGCAGGCCUACCACAACGUCCUGAAGCGGUCUCGAGUGAUGGAGCGCACUCGAUGGAUAGACAUCCGUGGAAAUCACGAUGCCUUCAACAUCAUUUCACUGGAGAGUGUCAACAACUAUUAUCGGAAGUACUCGGCUAAUCAGAAGAUCGGCUCCUUCCACUACGUUCACCGGACACCGUUUGGAAACUACUCGUUUGUCUGCGCUGAUGCCACGCUGACUCCAGGACCCAAGAGACCGUAUAAUUUCUUUGGGAUUCUCAAUCAGGUAAUGAUGUCUGACGACCUCCCUGGUCCGACAAUCACUGAGGUGGAGAGUCUACAGAGCAACCAGUCCAUCUGGUUCGGACACUACACCACCUCCACCAUCCUCUCCCGAUCUCCUGGUGUCCGGGAUCUGAUGGGAUCUGCCGUUGCCUACCUCUGUGGUCACCUGCACACACUGGGUGGUCUGAUGCCUGUGCUCCACAGCAGACACCCUCAUGGCACGCUGGAGUUGGAGCUGGGUGACUGGAUGGACAACCGCAGAUACAGGGUCCUGGCCUUUGACCAUGACCUGCUCAGUUUCUCUGACCUGAGGUUUGAGCAGUGGCCCGUAGUGGUCAUCACAAACCCCAAAAACGCACAGUACCUGCAUCCAGGGGUGGAGCCACUGGGUCGCAUACAAAGAUCGACACACAUCAGGAUCCUGGCCUUCUCUGAGGCAUCGAUCACAGCUGUGCACGUAAGCAUAGAUGGGGAACCGAUGGGGACGGGACGUCCUGCUGGAGGUCCUCUGUAUGUUCUGUUGUGGGAUCCAUCUCUCUACCUCACUGGACUGCACACAAUCAGAGUUAAAGUAGAGGACUCAGCGGGCCGCUCUACAGUCCAGGAACAGCACUUUACUUUGGAGGACAGCCUGACGCCCAGCUUUGGUUUUGUGCAGUCCUUCAUCCUCCUCAGUGAUCACUACAUCCUGGGCCGGGUGGUCUUCAUAUCUGUAAUGCUGCUGAAUGUUGGCGGGCUGCUGUGCUUUAGGUUCCUUCAAGUUCCUUCGAGCAGAGAACUGGCAUCUCAGGCUCAUCUGUCGCUCCAUCUUAUCAGUAAAAGUGACUUUUUUUACUUCACACUGCUGCUCUUCAAUCUGUGGACGGCUCUAGGUCCUUGGUUCAUUGGAGAGUUGAUAGAUGGCCACAGCGGUGCCUGCUUUGCCUUUGGGAUUUACGUUGAGGGACACUUCCUGGAGGGAAGUCUGACAUAUGUCGUUGGAGUGGUUCAAAUGCUGUUCUUCAACAUGCCUCUCACCAUGUACCUCUGCUGGAGUCUCCAUCAGCGUUGCCGUGGAAACACCUUCCGAUCGCACCUCGUGCGGCCGGGCUGCCGCUGGCGGACUCUAACGGUUCACUUCCUCAUGCUGCUGCUGCUCACUUGGCAGACGCAGUCGUGCUACUUCCUCCUGGAGACCUACGGCCUCACGGCCUUUCUCCUGUCUCCCGUCCGCACGUGGGCGUUAGUGCUCAGCCUGCUGCUGGUGUACCGUGCCUGGACGGGCCCCGCCCCCCUGUUUCGUGACAAUGGAAAGAGCGUCUCUCCCUCUUGACAGUAAUUGCACUGUGGCACCACACGUUCCAUUGCGCCCGAUUCCUCACAGAUAUAUUUUGUCGUCUCUGUCCACCAAGUCCUCAAUUUUCCCACGCAGCCCCUGCAUCCUCUCUCUCUCUCUCUCUCUCUCUCUCUCUCUCUC